AUGAGAUAUAGCGGGGAGAGUUCCGCGGGCAACCGUCCGCUCUUCAUUGCCCUUAUCAGCUUGCUGGUCAUUCUCUGCGCAUCCCCGACGUUUUGUGCGCCUCCGACGGCGCAUUCGCAGGAGGUAACCGACGUUCCUGAAUGCACGGGUGAUGGAGGCUUGACGUUGACUUUUCAUGUUUCGGAGACCGAGAAGAAGUUUAGGUGUCCGACUGGCUGGGAGUUGGAGCCAGGGGCAGCCACAGCUGCGUUCCAGGGGAAGGCGUCUGAAGUUGAGUUGGAGACAAUCCUCAACGGAGCAAAGUUAGAGAAGGUGAAGGAGGCGUACACUUUAUCUCUCCCCUCCGGACCUGUUCGCAACCCAAGGACUUGGUAUUAUGUUUGCAAAGAGAUGGGAGCGACUGGCCAUCUCCCAGAAGACGAGAAUUCCUCUUCGCAGAGCGAGUCUAGUCAAGCCGGUAGUUCCACUGGCGGGGCUGAGGUGGGAGGUAGCGACUCUGAAGGCCCUAGCCGCCACGAGUCGGAGAUCUCACCACCCGGUGGAAACACCGGCGUGGGAGGCCAGGUUUCUAGUCAGAAGGAUGAACCGCACACCGGUGCCGGUUCCCAAAGCCUCCCAGCCGGACCCGCGCAGGGCAGCGGUGGAUCCACCGGUGACUCGAACAGCGCCGCCGAUAAGGUAGAAAGCGACCAAACUAGCGAUGUUCCUAAAGGACCCAACGGCGUGGACGUGCCUUCUGGCGGCCUGGGAAGCGAACCUGACGGCGCCGGCAAGAAGCAAAGCAGCAAUACACGCCAUGGGGACACGCCAGACGCCAGUUCCAUCAUCAGUUCACGAGGCGUCUUGCAGGGCCCUGCGUCCCAAGAGGAACGGGACACAGAACUCGAGACCGACGAUCUUGGCCAGGGGCAUGAAGAAGAAAACCGUAACGAGCAAGAAGAAACGGAAACAAGCCCUGCAAGCGUCCGUCCGUCCUCAGCAGCCGCGCUCGCCGAGAUCGGCGCUAAAGCGGCUAAAACUGCUCUCCGCGCCUCGAGGGCUGCCGCGGAACCUUCUGCUGAGCAGGCUCUGAAAACAUGCAAAGUGACGGUCCAAGUCCUCCCCUCCUCCGUGAUCGAGUGCGCUGCAGGAGAAACCAAGACGGCCGCAGUCUCUGCUGUCGGCACGCCAGCGGUCUUCAGCUGUGGAAACGGGCUGGCUUUAGACCUCGCGGCUUCGAUGGAAAAGGUGUAUGACGACGAGGACGGAAAGUGCGCGUCGCAGGCCACACUGAAGGAUCUCGUUGAUGGGACUCUAUCGUCUAGCCCUCUCACUGCUGUUGCAGAGGAGAACUCGAAAGCCUACAUCUUGAGUGUUGACGCGCUGCCCGAUAAGGAGCGACAUCUGUGUUACAAAUGCGUGCCGACUUCCAAUGGAGAGGAAGCAGCAAAGUCCACGACGCAGGAGGAGCAGCCCAAGGCGUGCAUGCUGAAGGUCUCUGUCACGUCAAUGGCGUCGUCUUCAUCGUCAUGGGUUGAUGUUUCUGCUGGGGCAUUUGUCGGUGCCUUUCUCUGCGGGCUGGCUUCAACUGCGUGA